AUGACUGCCAUCUCGCCGACUCUCUCGCCACCCGUCUCGCGUGUCGCGAGCCUCUCCGCGCCCCAGGCGCAGAACCCGAUCUCGCUCCGGCUCUACAAAGUCCUCGGCGCGCACUUCGAUGACGACGCGACUCGCGAGGCGCUCGACACCCUUGCGGAGCUCUAUGCGCCUGCUCCUGCCUCCGCUGCUGCUUCCUCGUCUGGAGCGAUCGACGGACACCCACGCGGGGGGAAGGGGAAGCGACUGAGCCUAGACGGUGACGGGUAUGGGGAUGGGGACGAGGAGAGGGAAAGGACAUUGAGCGGAGCAGCCGGGAAACCGAAUGGACUGGUCGCAAGAGCGACGCUGGAGGAGACAUUACCGGGGGACAUAGCGGCGCGGGCACGCAAGAACCUCCGGAGAGACGUGGAGAACAAGCUGGCAGAAUCAAGUCGACAGUUUCUGCAGGCGUUCAGCGAGGUAGACAAGCAAUUGGACACCUUGCAGGAACAUCUGGGACUCAUGCGCGUCCGGUGCGACGAGGCGCAGACGCAGCUACACGAGACGAACGAGGCCUGUAAGUCGCUCCUCGAUCGUGCGGGCUCUCUACGAGAAGAGAGGCAAGGCGUGGCAGUCCGCCAGUCUAUCAUCUCGCUUUUCCUCUCCCGCUUCACGCUCUCCCCCGACGAAAAGGCCGCGCUCUCCUCCCGGGACGUGCCCAUCGGUCCGCGCUUCUUCGCCGCGAUGGACAAGGCCGCCGCGGUCCGCGCCGAUUGCCGCGUGCUUAUGACUGGGGACCAGGAGGGCGACGCGCGGGCGGGGCUCGACAUCCUCGCCACGACCGCCGCGCAGCUCGAGACCGCAUACGAGCGGUUGUGCCGGUAUUGCGCGGGCGAAUUCCGCGCGAUGGGCAAGGAUGCGAGCUUGGACGUGCCCCCGGCGCUGCAGGAGGCGGUGAAGCGGUUAAGGGAGAGGCCGGAGGUUUUGCAAGAAUCCCUCACAUACCUCUCUCAAACCCGACAAGCGACGCUACUAUCUUCCUUCAUGGACGCCCUCACCCGCGGGGGCCCCGGAGGCCUGCCUCGUCCGAUCGAGCUGCACGCCCACGACCCCCUGCGGUACGUCGGCGACAUGCUCGCCUGGGUGCACCAAGCGAUCGCGGCCGAGCGCGAGUUUCUCGAGGCACUCUUCGGCGUGCGGGCGACGCAGCGGAUGGUCGGCGCCGUGCGCGAACGCGACGAGGGCUCGGCGGACGAGGCCGCGAUGAGUGCGCUGCUCGAUGGGGCGGUUGCGGGCCUGUGCGGGCCGCUGCGCGCGCGCGUGCGGCAGACGGCGAGCGUGCAGGAGAGCAGCAUCACGGAGUACAAGAUCGCGAACUUGCUCGGGUUCUACCUGCUCACGAUGCAGCGGACGAUCGGGAAGGAGGCGCUGGUGUCGAAGACGCUUGAGGAGCUCACAGACUUGGCUUACUCCGUGUUUUACGGGGCCGUCGAGACUCAAGGCAGGUCGCUGCUGCGCGUUCCUCUAGACCUAGAUGACGCGGGUGUCGCGCCACCACUGGCCAUCAUGGACCACACCCAGGUGCUGAGAGAAAUGAUGGUAGUGUACGAGUCAUCGCUGCUGGGGGACGAGAAGGAGGAAGAGCUCCAGGCCGGGUUCCGGGAUAUAUUGGACAAGAUGGUCGACCCAGCGAUGGAGAUGUGCCUUACUGGGGCCGAGGACAAGAAAAAACAGCGACCAAACUGGGACAAGGCCGUUUUCGUGCUGAACACGCUCGGCUAUCUGCAGAGCGUGCUCGAGCCGUUCGCGUUCACGGUCGAGAAGCGCGGGGUGGUGCAAGGCCUGGUGGACGCGAAGGUGCUGCAACUCAUCGAAGAGCAUUACAGGGACGUUGUCGUGGACGCUGGCCUGGCAGAGGUCGCAGACGCGCUCGAUUCCCGAAAGCCGCAGGAACCUCUGUCCCACAUCGAGGCGGCAGAGCCCGCGGCGCUGCAGGCAGCGUUGCAUCGGUUUUCGGAAUGGCUGUCGGGCGCGGCGGUGGUGCACUCGCCGCGGCUGGCUUCGCUUACAGUGCAGGCGGCGGGGGCGCGGGUGCACCAGGCGGCGCUGGGACGGCUGGCGUCGACGUAUGGACGGAUAUGCGAGGCGGUGCGGGCGGCGGAGAACAAGUACGAGGCGGGGGCGACGCUGCUGGGGAGCGAGCGGCCGUUUGGGCAGGUACGGCUGCUGGGCCAGAUCCUGGGGCUGCAUACGGAGGAGGAGCGGUAG